AUGGAGUCACAGAAUCAAACAGGCGUCUCACAAUUCUUCCUUCUGGGCCUUUCUGAGGAUCCAGAACUGCAACCCCUACUCUUUGAACUGUUGCUGUCCAUAUACCUGAUCACAGUUUGUGGGAACCUGCUCAUCAUCCUGGCUGUCAGCUCUGAUCCGCAUCUCCACAGCCCCAUGUACUUCUUCCUCUUCAACCUGUCCUUGGCUGACAUUGGUUUCAUCUCCACCACAGUUCCAAACAUGCUGGUCAACAUCUACACACAGAGCAAAUCCAUAGCCUAUGUGGGCUGCCUGACACAAGCAUCCUUUACUUAUUUCUUUGCAGGUCUGGACAGUAUGUUCCUCACUGUGAUGGCUUAUGACCGUCUUGUGGCCAUCUGUUACCCUCUUCACUACACAAUUAUCAUGAACCCCCGACUCUGUGGUUUGCUAAUUUUGGUAUCAUUUCUUAUCAGCCUUCUGGACUCCUUACUACACAUUUCAAUGGUGUCACAGCUUACCUUCUGUACAGAUGUGGAAGUCCCUAGUUUCUUCUGUGACCCUCCACAACUCCUCAACCUUGCCUGUUCUGACACCUCCACAUAUAGCAUAUUGGUGUAUUUUUUUGCUGCUAUCUUUGGUGGCAUUCCAGUCUCUGGGAUCCUUUACUCUUACAUUCGAAUUAUUUCCUCCAUUCUGAAAGUCUCAUCAUCAGGUGGAAGAUAUAAAGCCUUUAUCACCUGUGGCUCUCACCUGUCAGUUGUGUGCUUAUUUUAUGGAACAGGACUUAGGUUGUACUUCAGUUCAGCUGUCACAUCUUCUGCCAGGGAGGAUGCAGUGGCCUCAGUAAUAUAUGCCGUUGUCACUCCCAUGCUGAACCCCUUCAUAUAUAGCCUGAGGAACAAGGAUAUAAAGAGAGCCAUAAGGAGGUUCCUCACCAGAACAAGCUAA